AUGUCGGAUUCCGAAGCAGACCGGCCCUCUGAGGCGACCAUUUCAAACAAACUGCGCGACAUUGUCAUCGCGAUCCACAAAUCUGGAAAAAGCGAUGAUCUGACUGUGAAGCGCGUUCGGGCGCGCGCAGAGAAGGAACUAGCCCUAGACGAGGGCUUCUUCAAGACAGACUCGACAUGGAAAGAGCAAUCACAGAAAGUCAUUGUAGACGCAGUGGAGAAGUUCUGCUCCGAUGAGCCUACACCACAGUCUUCUCCCAAAAAAGCCGCCCCGAAACCCAAAGCGAAGCCCGCCGAGAAGAAGACCAAAGCUGCCACCGAGAAUGCCAGAGGCACCAAGCGCAAGGCUGCGGCACCCGCCAAGAAACCCAAGAAGCGCGCAAAGACCGAGUCCGAAGCUGAGCUCUCAGAACCACCCGCCGAGAUAUCCGAUGCAGAGAGCGAGCCACCCAAGAAGUUAGUACGGCGGGGGAAGAAGACUGUGACAGAAGACUCGGACGAGGAGGAUUCGCCGAAGCCGACAUCCAGACCUGGCGCUGUGGUUGACGAUGAGAGCGACGUCGAACCCGAGCCAGCGAAGAAGGCAGAGACAAAGGGCGACGUAUCUGACAGUGAUCUGUCCAGCGUCAUAGACGAAGAGCCCAAGAAGAAGAAGAAAGUCGCUGCAGCAAAGGGCAAGAAGGAAAAGGCCCCGGCGAAACCGAAAGCGGCGCCCAAAGCGAAGACCGAGGACGAUCCCGACACCGCUGAAGUCAAGCGACUCCAAGGCUGGCUCGUGAAGUGCGGCAUUCGAAAAGUCUGGUCGCGCGACCCCGAACUGUCCCAGUGCGACACCUCGAAGGACAAGAUCCGCGUGCUCAAGGGCUGGCUGAAGGACGUGGGCAUGGAUGGCAAAUACUCGGUUGAAAAGGCAGCCAAGAUCAAGGAGCAGAGGGAGUUUGCGAAAGACCUCGAGGCAAUCAAAGAGGGCGAAGCGGCGUGGGGAAAGGCAAGUGAAGUCACCGCUACGGGUCGACCAAGCCGAAGGGCAGCAGCAAAACCUGUACCACAGCAGAAGGUUGUACUGGAAGACGAUAGCGAGGAAGAGGCUGGCGGCGAUGAUAACGAAGACGACGAUGACGAUGAUGAUGACGAUGUCCAGGGCGAAUCGGAAGACGAGGAGGAUGAUAAGAGCGGCGACAGCGGGGGUGACGACUCCGAAUGA